GCAGGCCUUCUGUGUGAGCAGAAAGCCGAUGAGCAGAACAGAAACAAGAGAGAAAGACUUCACCUAACCAGGAAAAUAUUCUACAGUUCUACACUUCUUUACAGAAAACUCUUAUACUUUUCCUUGUGCUUCUGCCUUUGACACGCAUUUGAGAGAGAGAGACACACACACCAGGAUCGAUCAGCGUCUUCUGCAACUCAAAAUCACGCAAAAUACUUUUCCACAGAAGAAUGAUGAAAGGCAUGAAGAUGACGGCUUCAUCACUGUGUCUUCUGCUGCUGGUGCUUGGCCACACAUUGGCACAGAACAUCUUCAAGAAAAACUUGGCAACAGCCAAACCGGCAAAACCAGCUCAGUGCUGCGAUGAGGUCCAUGCCUUGAAAGUCCAGGUAGCUAACCUGAGCAGCAUGCUAGAGGAAAUGACCAAGAAGCAAGAGUCAGAUCUGAUGAAGGUCGUGCGGCAGAUGAUGGAGCUGGAAACGCUGAACCACCAGCAGGAGGCCCGUGUCACAGAGGCAGAGAGCAAGUACUCAGAGAUCUACAAUCAGAUCGAAAUCAUGCAGCUGCAGGCCGCCCAGUCCGCCCCACAGCAGAGCACUUCAGAUGCAAUCUAUGACUGUGCAUCCUUAUACAACAAAAACUACAAAAUUUCCGGAGAGUACAAACUACCAAAAGAUGAUUUCCUGGGAACACCUGAACUAAGUGUCUAUUGUGACAUGGAGAAUAAUGGAGGUGGCUGGACCGUCAUUCAGAGACGUAAGAUUGGCCUGACGAGCUUCAACCGCGACUGGAAGCAGUACAAGAACGGUUUUGGUACAAUCCGUGGUGACUUCUGGCUUGGCAAUGAACACAUUUUCCGUAUGACUAGACAGCCCACAGUGUUGAGAAUAGAUAUGGAGGACUGGGAAGGUAAUUCACGUUAUGCUGAAUAUGGCUUCUUCACACUGAACAACGAGAUGAACAGCUACAAGCUAUUAAUCGCCAACUAUAGCGGAAAUGCAGGCGACUCCCUACGCUACCACAACAACACAAACUUUAGCACCAAAAACAAGGACAACGACAAGUGUGUGGACAACUGCGCACAACUUCGCCGAGGUGGAUACUGGUACAACUGCUGCACUGACUCUAAUCUGAACGGCGUGUUCUACCGCUACGGGUCACAUACCAAAAAUCCAGAUGGCAUUUCUUGGUAUGGAUGGCAUGGACCAAACUACUCACUGAAGCGGGUGGAGAUGAAGAUCCGGCCCCAGAGCUUUGUACCUUAAAGACUUCUCAAAUCCAAAUUUAUUUUCCUCCUCACCACUAAACCUUGGCAUCAAUGGAUCAACAUAAUCUACAGCUUUAACUGAGCAAAUGUUUCCAAAAUGCAUUUGUAUAACAGUAUUUUAGGACUAAAUAUGUGAUGGACGAUGUUUGAUUGUAAAUUGCUUUUUAUAUGGUAUUUAUCUUUUAAUAUUUUAUGUUCUUUAGCCUUUUUUAGAUGAAUUUAUGCACCUGAUCAUUAAGGGCUGCAAGAAUAAGCAAGCCAUUUACACAAAAUGUUGAUUUUGUAAAAACAGAAAAAAAAUUGACAAGAUGUUACAGCAAAUCCACAGGUAGUAUAAAAUUAAUUGUGUACAGAGUAAAAUAAUGGAUGGCUAAUAAAAUUGUAUUUUUAAAAAAA